AUGCAGGCAGCCACGGCCGAGGAUGCCGUUGUCAUAUCGUUUCACGAUUUAUUUCAUCGUCCGGAGACUCUCCAUGAUUCCAUAACCAAAGCAUUUGGCUCGGGUCCUGAAUCUUUGGGCAUUAUUCUCGUCAAAGAUCUGCCCGGUUAUGCCGUUCUCCGGGAACGACUACUGCUUCUGGCUAAUCAGUUUGCCUCCUUGCCAGAUGCGACUAAGGAGUUGUACGUAGAUGCAAAGAGUAAUUAUAGUUUUGGUUGGUCGCACGGGAAAGAAAUCAUGAAUGAUCGGCCAGAUCUAUUGAAGGGAUCGUACUAUGCUAAUCCCAUUAUCGACGUGCCCUCCGUUUCCGACGAUUUGAGACAAGAAUUUCCUGAAUACUAUAACAACAAUAUCUGGCCGACCCAGGCAGAACAAGGCAUUGAAGGCUUUGAGCAAGCUUUCAAAGCUCUUGGAAGCUUUAUCUUCAAUGUUGGUUGUCAAUUGGCAGUCGCUUGUGAAGCUUUCGCUUCGCCGCACCUUGCGGAUCUCUCGGUAUCGCUGAGGUCGCUUAUCGCAACAUCACAAACAACAAAGGCCCGUCUACUGCAUUACUUCCCACGUGACGGGUUAUCCAGCGUAACACCAACCGCGGAUGGAUCAAUUGAUAGCUGGUGCGGAUUUCAUCUCGAUCAUUCACUCCUUACGGGGCUCUGUUCCGCUAUGUAUAUCGCCCAUUCCACCGACGAGCCGUCAAGCUAUGAGGUUAUCCCCUCGCCUUCCCCUGAGUCUGGUCUCUAUAUUCGGACCCGAGGGGGAACCUUAACGAAGAUCAACAUACCAGCAGAUUAUCUAGCCUUCCAAACGGGAGAGGCACUAGAGCAGGCAACGGAAGGUAGAUUACGAGCCACACCGCACUGCGUUAGAGUGGGUUCCAGCACAGCGAACAACUCCGUCUCCAGAGAAACAUUUGCUGUCUUUAUGCAACCUGAUGUCACACAGGCGAUCGGGAAGUGCGAGACAUUUGGCACUUUCUCUAGGAGGAUCUUUAAAGAACAUUAUGGAGAACAGGCACCUACCUUACCUGCGUAAAUAUAUCUACAUUU